AUGACCUUAUUCAUUAGACAUAUAGAAGAAAACUUUACCAUUGCUCAGAUCUAUGUCGAUGACAUCAUUUUUGGGUCUCCUCUAGAGUCUUUAGCGAUUGAGUUUGCUGAGUGUCUGCAGAGAGAGUUUGAGAUGAGUAUGGUUGGGGAGUUGAGCUACAUUUUAGGACUUCAGGUACGUCAGACAGAGGAUGGACUGUUUAUCUCACAGUCUAAGUAUGCUAGGGAUUUGGUUAAGAGAUUUGGGUUAGAUAGUAAGAAACGUACUAGGACACCGAUGAGUACUAGCUUGAAGUUAGGUCGUGAUCCUUCUGGCAAGAGUGUAGAUCCUUCCCUAUAUCGUAGCAUGAUAGGUAGUCUUCUCUAUCUUACAGCUACUAGGCCCGACAUUGCUUUUAGUGUAGGAGUGUGUGCUCGUUUUCAGGCAGAUCCAAAAGAGUCACACCUAAGGAUUUUCUAUUCUAGGAGUUCCAAUCUUGACUUGGCUAGAUACUUCGACGUCGAUUGGGCUGGAAAUGCAGAUGAUAGGAAAAGUACGACCGGGGGUUGUUUUUACAUGGGUAGCAAUCUCGUAGCUUGGCUAAGUAAGAAACAAAACUCAAUAUCCUUAUCCAUGGCAGAGGCCGAAUACAUAGCUGCAGGGAGUUGCUGUACUCAGCUUCUUUAG